AUGGCGGCUGGCAGCGCUUGGCGGCGACCGCUUCUGCAGCGGCCGUUUGCCAGCGCCCAGCUCCGGCAGUACUCGACAAGGCAGCAACAGUCGAAGGACUCGGGCGACUCCAAGACAUGGUACUGGAUCCCGGUCGGUGUCGGCCUCACAUACAUAGCAUUCCAGCGCCUGUACCACAUCGAGACGGAUCUGGCUGAGGACCAGAAGCGCCAGCAGCAGGCAGUGCAUGGUGUGGCAGUAGCCGGGCCGUGGCAGCUGCACGUGCUCUCGGCGCUGCCACUGAAGGCAAUGUCGCGGCUGUUUGGGUCGUUCAACGAGCUGGAGAUCCCGGGUCCGCUGCGCACACCGCUGCUGCGCCUGUAUGCAUGGGUGUUUGGCUGCAGCCUGGGCGAGAUGAAGGAUCCGGAGCUGCGCAACUACCCGAACCUGGCCACAUUCUUCUACCGCGAGCUGUGCGACGGCGCACGGCCGGUGGAUGCGCAGGCUGCGGUGGUGUCGCCGUCGGAUGGCAAGAUCCUGCACUAUGGCGUGGUCGAGCAGCGCAAGGUCGAGCAGGUCAAGGGCAUGACAUACAGCCUGGAUGCGUUCCUGGGUGCGCCCGACGUGCCGGCUACGCAUGGCCACGCUGGCAUCACUGAGCAGACCAUGGUGGAUGCUGACCAUGCCAACGCCAACAAUGCAGCCACCGACGAGCAGUUCGCCGUGGUCAACGGCAUCCCGUACUCGCUGGAUGAGAUGAUUGGUAGCAAGGACGCUCUGGUGCCAGCCGCCCAGUCGCUGGGCCGCGACCCUACCGGCAAACUGUGCUUCUGCGUCAUCUACCUGGCGCCCGGCGACUACCACCGCUUCCACUCGCCCGCCAACUGGGUCGUCGAGGCCCGCCGCCACUUUGCUGGCGAGCUGUACUCGGUCAGCCCCUACAUCGCGCGGACCAUCCAGAACCUCUUUGUCCUCAACGAGCGUGUCGCGCUGCUUGGCCGCUGGCGCCACGGGUUCAUGUCUAUGACUGCUGUGGGCGCGACCAAUGUCGGCUCCGUGGUCAUCAACUUCGACAAGGAGCUGCGCACCAACCUCAAGGAGCAGAAGCUGCUGCCUGGCAGCUUCUCGCAGCUCAGCUACAAGGGCCUGAGCCAGAAGCUAGGCGGCGUGCCGCUGGCCAGCGGGCAGGAGGUCGGCGGGUUCAGGCUGGGCUCGACGGUUGUGUUAGUGUUUGAGGCCCCCGAGUCCUUCACCUUCAAUGUCUCUCCUGGCCAGAGUGUGAAGAUGGGCCAGGCCCUGGGAUACACAAGCUAG